AUGUCGCUGCUCGACGACCUCGACGACGAGGCCUUCCUCCUCGCCGCCGAGGCAGCGGAGGCCGCGGCGAACGCGUCCUCCAAGCGCCCCCGCCUCUCCACCUCCCCGUCGCCGACCCCCGCCGCCUCCGAGGGGUCCUACCUGUCCGCGCUCAAGGGCAGCCACAGCGCCGCCUGGAAGCAGCAGCAGGAAACCCUAACCCUCGCCCACAAGCGGCCCGGCGGCUCCAAGGUCCCAGGCGUCUCCCCUGGCGGCGGCGUACAGAUCACCAAGGGCGCGUGCUUCAAGUGCGGGGACACCAGCCACUGGGCGAGAGAGUGCCCCCAAUCCUUGCAGGCAAGUGUCGGCGGCGUAGGAGGCGGAAUCGGCGGCGGUGGGGGCGGCGUAGGAGGCGGAAUCGGCGGCGGUGGCGGCGGCUAUGUGGAUGCGGGCGGGGAGGUGGAGGAGAAGGCGUGCCCCUGCGGCGCUGGGAUCUGCCUUGUGCUCACCUCCAGCACGCCCAGAAACCCCGGCCGCAAGUUCUACAGGUGUCCCACGCGGGACAAUGGAGGUUGCAACUUCUUUGAGUGGUGUGAUGCUCCAUCUCCAGGCGCUGCUAAUGCUCGCAGCAGCACAAGCUUUCAGUCAGAUGCAUCAAUUGUGAAUAUGCCUUGUUCUUGUGGUGCUGGAACAUGCUUAAUUCUCACGACAAAGGCGGGAGUUAAUGUUGGGAGGCAGUUUUAUCGGUGCCCAGCUCAGGGAGGUAGCUCUUGUGGCUUUUUCAAAUGGUGUGACGAUCAGCAGCAGCCUAGGACAGCUGCUCCACUGCAAGGUGGUUCAUCACCAUAUCAAGCUGGCGCUACCCCCACCAACCAAAGCAUGAGCAAGAGCUCUUCGGGCUGCUUCAAAUGCGGGCAAGAGAACCACUGGGCGAAGGACUGCCCGAAUCAAUCUUCGGAUCCUUACUCUGACAAAGGCGGUAGGACAUUAAGUUCAGCAACCUCAUCUGAUGGGUGUUUCAAGUGUGGUAAGGCUGGUCACUGGUCCCGCGAUUGCCCUGUUGCAAACAGUGGUGGUGGUGGUGGUGGUGCCGUCGCCAGCAAUGUCAAGUCGUCUUCUACUUUGGGCUCAUGGAACAGCAGGAGAUACUGA